CCCGUCCAUCUUUUGGGUGAGAAAACGUAUUAAACGGGCUAACGAGUGUUCCUGAUUCUUUAUCCGAAAUACUCGUCCCCGGCAGAGAACCCUGAAUCUUGCAAGGUUUGACGUCCUCAGCAUCCCCCAACUACCGCUCCUCCACGGGUCGGCGCCCCUCUCUAUCUGAAACAGCCAGCGUCGCAAUAGCGGUUCGUGUUUCUGCCGCAGCACCGCGGCGGCCCUUCCCACAGUGCCCCGGGGCGCGCGCGGGCUCCUGGGAGUUGUGGUCCAGCGACGCGCAGCGUUGCUGGGGCUGCUACGGGCUCGGCGCCGGCUUUGUCUGUCUGCGGGCGCGCGCCGCUGCGGUGAGUGAGGCCGAGGCCGGGUGUCUGCGCCCGGGAGAGGGGGCUGUGUCGUGAGCCAGCUGCCCCGGCCAGGGUGUUUGAGCAGGCCAGGCCGGCCGUUCAGGCCGCAGUCGGCAGCUGCAGACAAGGGUACUCAAGACCAGCCCAUGGAAGAAUCAUAUGAAGAGGUGGUGAUUAAAGUCAUACAGCAGGAGUGGACAUGUUUGGGUUUCCAACAGCUACCCUGCUGGACUGUCAUGGAAGAUAUGCGCAGAAUGUAGCAUUUUUCAAUGUGAUGACAGAAGCCCACAAGUAUGAUCAUUCAGAGGCUACAGGAUCCUCAAGCUGGGAUUUCCAGAGUUCUUUCAGAAGAGAGAAGCUGGAACAAAAGUCCCCAGAUUCUAAGACACUCCAGGAAGACUCACCUGGAGUGAGACAGAAGGUCUAUGAUUGCCAGGAAUGUGGGAAAUCUUUCCGGCAGAAAGGUAGCCUCACAUUGCAUGAGAGAAUCCAUACUGGUCAGAAGCCCUUUGAGUGCACCCAGUGUGGGAAAAGCUUCAGGGCCAAAGGCAAUCUAGUUACCCAUCAGCGAAUCCACACAGGCGAGAAGCCCUACCAGUGCAAAGAGUGUGGGAAAAGCUUUAGUCAGCGAGGCAGCCUAGCUGUCCACGAGAGACUCCACACUGGACAGAAACCCUAUGAGUGUGCCAUUUGCCAGAGAAGCUUCAGGAAUCAAAGCAACCUUGCUGUCCACCGGAGAGUCCACAGUGGCGAGAAGCCGUACAGGUGCGACCAGUGUGGGAAAGCCUUCAGUCAGAAAGGAAGCUUAAUUGUCCACAUCAGAGUUCACACAGGCCUGAAGCCCUACGCAUGUUCCCACUGCAGGAAGAGCUUCCACACCAGGGGGAAUUGCAUUCUGCAUGGAAAAGUCCACACAGGAGAAACACCCUAUCUCUGUGGCCAGUGUGGAAAGAGCUUCACUCAGAGAGGGAGCCUGGCUGUGCACCAGCGAAGCUGCUCACAGAGGCUUACUCUGUGAGCACUCUCCUCAAAGGGAGUUCUUACGAAUUCAGAGUAAAAACCCUCUCUAAUCAAGAAUUCUAUCCAACUCUGUAGGGUAAGUGGAAAUUCUUCUGGAAGGACCAGCACUUGAAAGGGCAAACUGACUUUUUCCCUUUCCCCCAAAUGAAUAUGAAAAAUAAAUGUCUUGUUUAUCAUUA